AUGGACAUCAUCGAGAAUGAUGUCGUCAUGGAUGGUGAGGACCGCCGCAUGACUGAUGGCUCUUCGGCUCCCAACGGUUUUCUAGAUGUAACUACGACGGGGGAGAGUUCAAUCCCGGAUGCCACCAACGGCCAAGGCACCAGCGGCAUGAGCCGGGAUGAAGACCAGGACUCUGACCCGACAGCUUACCCCGAGCACCUGCGGCGACGUGGCCUGCUGCCGACUGGUUGCUGCUACGAUGACCGCAUGAAGCUACAUGCCAAUGCCGACUUUGGGCCUAACCCGCAUCACCCAGAGGAUCCGUCGCGGAUCGAGUACAUCAUGAGAACCUUCAAGAAGAAUGGUCUGGUGUUCACUGGCUCCGACGCCGAGCUCAUCCGCAUUAUCCAGACCGAGCCAACCAAGUACAUGUGGCGAAUCCCGGCGAGGGAAGCAACCAAGGAGGAAAUCUGCAUGGUUCACCACCCUGGGCACUUCCUAUGGGUUGAAGCUCUGUCCCGUAAAUCAACCCAAGAGCUUCGCGAGCUGUCCACCCGGAUGGAUCAAGGCAGGGACUCGCUCUAUGUCGGCAGUAUGACAUACGAGGCGUCGCUGAUCUCGGCCGGCGGCGCCAUCGAGACGUGCAAAAGCGUGGUUGCCGGCGUCGUGAAGAACGCGUUCGCCAUCAUCCGCCCGCCGGGCCAUCACGCCGAGUUUGACGCGCCCAUGGGGUUCUGUCUCUUUAACAACGUUCCCAUUGCUGCUAAAAUCUGCCAGGCCGACUACCCAGACCUCUGCCGAAAGAUUCUAAUCUUGGACUGGGACGUGCACCACGGCAACGGCAUCCAGAACCUCUUCUACGACGACCCCAAUAUCCUCUACAUUUCUCUCCACGUCUACCGCAACGGCGAGUUCUACCCCGGCAAGCCCGAUAACCCGAUGACGCCCGACGGCGGGCUCGAGCACUGCGGUGCCGGGCCCGGCCUAGGCAAGAACGUCAACAUCGGCUGGCACGACCAGGGGAUGGGCGACGGUGAGUAUAUGGCGGCCUUCCAGAAGAUCGUCAUGCCCAUCGCCCACGAGUUCAACCCGGACCUGGUCAUCAUCUCGGCCGGCUUCGACGCCGCCGCCGGCGACGAGCUGGGAGCCUGCUUCGUCACGCCCAGCUGCUACGCCCACAUGACGCACAUGCUCAUGUCGCUCGCCGGCGGCAAGGUGGCGGUCUGUCUCGAGGGCGGCUACGACCUCGAGGCCAUCUCGAAAUCGGCGCUGGCCGUCGCCCGGACGCUCAUGGGGGAGCCGCCCCCGAAGAUGGAGAUCCCCAAGAUCAGCCGCGAGGCGGCCAAGGUGCUGGCCAAGGUCCAGGCGUAUCAGGCGCCGUACUGGGAGUGCAUGCGCGCCGGCAUCGUCGACGUCCAGGAGAUGCAGGCGCAGGAGUCGUCGCGUCUGCACGAUGUGGUGCGCCGGGCGCAACGCCAGGUCUUGUCCGAGAAGCACGGCAUGCUGCCGUUGUAUAUCCAGCGAGACGUACUAUUCAAGUCUUUCGAGAACCAGGUGCUGGUGACUAGGGGGAUCCAGUCAGCUCGCAGGAUCCUGGUCAUCGUCCAUGACCCGCCGGAACUGCAUGCCCAGCCUGAUCCGCUGGACAACACGGUGGAGGCUCACAACGCAUGGGUGACGGACGGCGUCACGCGUUACAUUGACUGGGCCAUUGAGAAAGGCUUCGGAGUCAUCGAUGUCAACGUGCCUCACUACAUCACGCACCCAGAGGACACUGAUGCCUUCAUCCCACGCGCCGACGAACGCACGCUCCAAGCCCAAGUCCAAGAACUAAUGUGCUAUAUCUGGGACAACUACCUGCAGCUGUACGACUCGGUCGAAGACAUCUUCCUGAUGGGCGUAGGCAACGCCUACCUUGGAAUCAAGGUCCUGCUCAUCAAUCGACUAGACGUCAAGUCCCGGGUCGCGGGCGUGGUCAACUUCGUCAACGGCAGCCUGCGACCGGUCAAGUCGGACGUGGACAGCGAUCUGUCGUCGUGGUACAAGGAGCACUCGCAGGUGUACGUGGCCAACGACCACGCGUGCUGGUCCGACCCGGACCUCACGCGCAAGGUGAUGAAGCGCCGGUUCGGCAACGUCAUCCGCGCGCAGGUCAACGGCCUCACGCCGAUGAUGGCGGAAUAUUUCGCGGACGUGCAGCAGUUCAUCAUGGAGAGGGUGACGUCGGACGAAGGCGGGAGAGACGAGGGGGAAGAGACCGAAGAGGAGGAGAGUGGGGGGAGGUAG